GAAGGAAGGCGGAAGUAUAAUGACGCACAGGAAAGUGGUCCAAUAGGGUGUUGAGUAUGCAGCGCAUCACUUAACCCUGCUUGUACUGUACGUUGGAAAUUUAAUAUCACCAGUGUUUGACCCACAGCUCCACUAAUGCAGUGUCAGGGGGAAAAUUUGGAGCCUUCUUUCUCUGCCCUUCAAGUCUCCACUUGUGACCUUUGAGCCCUGACCCAUUGUUCACCCGAGAGCUUACUGCAGCCAGACUCAGGCGGGAUGGAGGAAGAGGAGGCCAGGUGCUUCCUGGGUAGGUUUGUGGACGAGUUCCCAGCUGCUCUAGAGGAAGGCGGUCCAUUGCCUGUCAGCUCUCUGAGUCGCAGAGUGUCCCUGGAGGAGCUGCAUGGAGAGAGUCUGGAGCUGGGCCUGAGGCUGCUGGCUGCUAGGGGGGCUCCUGCAGGUCUCAGUGCCCGCCUGUGCCAGGCAGCGCUGUCUCAGCUGCUGCAGAAUGACCUUUCACCUUUCCAGUGCCCAGCGGAAGCUGAGGUCAAGCCGGAAGAAGAACAGAAAGCCGUCUUUCUUCAGUCAGAGGCAGUCCAACGUCUCUUCCUCAAUAAGCUGAUAGAUGUAGCACUGGCAUGGCAUCGGAACUUCCUCAAGCCUCCCCCGUCCUCCCAGUUCCACCGCAGCUCUGUUCAUGCCAUCAGGAACACAAGGAGGAAGAUGGAGGACAAACAUAUAGCCCUAGCUGAGUUCAACCAGCUCUUCGGCAUCCAGGAUGGAGUGGAGCGGGCCUACUAUGCCGUGUUUGAUGGACAUGGAGGGGUGGACGCUGCCGUCUACGCCGCCACCCACCUCCAUGUUGCUCUGAGCAAACAGGAAACGCUGCAGAGCGACACAGACACAGCCUUUAAAACUGCCUUCAAACACACAGACAACAUGUUCAGAGGCAAAGCCAAUAGAGAGCGUCUGCGGAGCGGCACCACAGGUGUUGCAGUGCUGAUCCAGGGUCAGGAGCUGACUGUGGCCUGGCUGGGAGACUCUCAAGCAAUGCUGGUCAGAAAGGGACUAGCUGUGACACUGAUGGACCCCCAUAAACCAGAGAGAGAAGAUGAGAAACAAAGAAUUGAAGAUCUUGGUGGCUGCAUCACCUUCAUGGGUUGCUGGCGUGUUAACGGCACCUAUGCAGUGUCGAGAGCAAUUGGUGAUUUUGACCAGAAGCCCUAUGUGUCUGGAGAUGCCGACUGCUCAACAAUCCAGCUGUUGGGAGAUGAGGACUAUGUGUUACUGGCCUGUGACGGCUUCUUUGAUGCAGUCAAACCCUCAUUGGUCCCAAGUCUUGUCUUGGAUGCACUGCAGCAGCCCUAUGACCCCGAAGGAGGAGGAGACACUCCGUUGAAACAGUCUGAGGAGAUUAUUGGACUGAGAAUUGCUCGACAUUUGGUAAAUCAUGCUAGGGAUGCUGGCUCUAGCGAUAACAUAACAGUGAUGCUGGUGUUCCUGCGUCCACUGAAGCAGCUGCUGUCUUGAGACUCCACUACAGGAACUGCACAAGUUACUGAGGAGUCCACUUCCCAAGAUGCUCCACAGCAGUAAAGGAUGAAACCUGCUGCCCAGAAACCACUUUGCCAAGCUACUGCCUUACAUCUCAGCCUUUUAUUUGGUCUCCAUAUGCUGGCCGACCUAAAAAUGGAUGCUAACACAGCAGGAUGUUGUCAUUCCAUGAGUGUAAUUAGACCAGAUUACUUGUAAAGGUCUGAUGGGUGAUGGAGGGCCAGAUGAAGCUGUUUGAGCUACCUGUAGUGGAGCAUCAUCUAUUGAGUCCCCAAAUAUGUUCCCCAAAUAGAGAUGUACAUUUGUAAUGUGUCUGUGACACUUUACAAAAUGCCAAUAACCAAUAACAACACCUUUUUUACAUGUAGCAUAAACAAUAAAACGUGAGGUAUAACACAUCAUCACACACCUGCAGCUGAACCAAUAGGCCAACACAGUGUUUCCCAUUAAUGAGGCUACCUAGGCUGUGGCGGCCUGCCAUAAUCAAAUUUGUUCUGCCACUGAUCAAUGGGCUGAUAUUUUUUUUUUACACUUCUCAUGAUGACAUAAAAGGUCACUAACUUAUUGUUUUGCUCAGUGGCUUUAUUGUAGAGCUGUGUGCAGUGCUCGUUACCCUCCUGUCACUAGCUCUGUUGAACUGGCCUUCGGCAGCACUGGCAUCAGUCCUGCUGUGAAUGGUUCUAUUACUUGUUUACCGUCCUUGGCAGACUGGCAGACCUCUGCAUAGCAGAUAAUCUAAUUGUUGCUCCAGUGCUCAUGAGAGUAAACGGCAAGCAUGUCCAUUGGGCAAUCACAAUAAUCAACCCAUAUAAACAGGCCAGGCCAACCUUAGUCCUCAGCAUAGAGGACAGUUUGUCUACUGGUUUUUAUUCAGAAACAGCAACAUGUCCACACAAUGUGGGGUCAGUUUAGUAAUGGUCUGAUAACUGUGAGACCGGCGGCAGAGAAUACAUACUCAGAAGGAUUGGGCCAUAUUUUAAUGAUAGUAGUAAUUGGUCAAAAAACGUAUUGUCGGUUAAUGGUUAGCUUUGUACAUCCAUAUCCCCCAUAUUCAACUAGUAUUGUUAGUAUACUACUUGUCCCAGGUUUGAUGUGUUGGUUUAUGAUCAUUACUUUGUUUAAGAAUAUGCUUGGUGUGAGCAUCAUUAUAACUAUGUGUGCAGAUCCUGUUUAAACCUCAGUAAUUAUUGUCUUAUGUGGUAUUGGCUUUUAAAGGGGCUUUGUGUCUUUGUGGGAGUUAAGCUCUCUUUGCAAAGCAUUUUCCAUUCAUGUCUGUUUUAAAAGAAAAACAAUUAACAUAUACUACUCUUAUGAACAAGCCUAUUACCUUUUUUAAAGCUCUGUUAUUAUUUUUUGUCUAAUCCACCACAUAUCAAAAAUACAAUAUGUUCUCUCAGCAUCAUCAGUAUUACAUGCAGUGUUUGGAUCUUAGCCCUGUGUCUUGGAAAUACUGGAUGAAAAAAAAAGUCUCACUGAGGUUCUGCAGUGGGUUUUUGGAGUCACACUGAACUGAUAUCCUCCAUAUGCUUAAUUGAUAUGAUUUUUUUUUCAGGUAGCCUUAACUGUGCUGCAGUGGAUUAUAUUUGCCUUCAUGUAUAUCUCUAAUGCCAAGCAGUAUGACGAUAAAGUAUUAAGUACACUGUGCACCUUGCCGAAUCUUGGAUGUCUGUUGAUGAGAUGUUUGUGAUCUCUGAAAAAACAAAUUGACACAGGGAUCACUCAGGGAUCCCAAACUAACUGCAUAAGCUUGUCUGACUGAAGGCCGGUUUUUUGGUUGGGGGGGGGGGGGGUUAUCACUGACUGUUUUUCUGACUCCUGUGUUUGUUUGGAAAUAUUGUUUUUACUCUUCUUAAUCACAUCUUACUUAAAAAAAAUUUUUUAUCACUUUGGGAGGUAUUGAUACAGAUACUUCUGAUGCUUUGCUGUUUUAUGUAUAACAACUGAAUAAAAGCAAUGUGAACAGAAAA